AUGUUAAACCUUGAUAACAAUUACUUCAAUUAUUCUUCAAUCCCAAAUGAGAUUGGCCGCUUGAGGAAUUUUAGGCAUCUCAACCUUUCUCACUCUACAUUUCAUGGUAAACUCCCAAUACAAAUUUCAUACCUUUCCAAUUUGGUUUCACUUGAUAUUUCUGGCGAAUUCACACUUGACCAGAAAACAUUUGAGACACUGCUCCAAAACUUCACAAAUUUGGAGGUAGUUUCUCUCUCUUUUGUCAAUAUCUCAUCUCCACUACCUAUGAAUAUGUCGUCUUCUUUAAGGUAUGUGGAUCUUGUAUUUACUAAUUUGCGAGGUGACCUCACAGAGAGCUUUUUUCUUCUACCAAACUUGGAACAACUAAAAUUGAGUGGGAAUAAUCUUCUCAAAGGAGUUUUACCAAAUAUCCACUUGAGUAACACUCUGUUAGAGUUGGAUAUCGCAAACACAGGCAUCUUUGGUGAGCUGCCUGAUUCAAUUGGCACCUUGAUAUCCUUGAAUUACUUAAACCUCGCAGGAUGUGACUUCUCUGGUCGCAUUCCUGAUUCCAUUGGCAAUCUUACACAAAUUAGGGAGUUGAUUUUUUCGGCAAAUCAUUUCGCCGGCCAUAUUCCUCGAACAAUCUCUAAUUUGAAGCAGCUCACACAUCUAGAUUUUUCAUCUAACUCCCUUGGAGGUGAAAUUCCAGAUGUUUUCUCUAACCUUCAAGAGCUAAUUAAGUUGUCACUUACUAAAAACAGCUUCAUUGGUCCGUUUCCUUCUUCAAUUCUAAGCUUGAGACGUCUUCAAAGCUUAGACUUAAGUGAAAAUUCCCUAUCUGGUCCACUGCCUUGCAACAUGAGCAUGAUUCAAAAGCUAACUGACCUGCAUUUUGACGAGCUUAAACAAAACCCAACAUUAGAGGUUUUGGAUUUAAGUCAUAAUCAACUCAGUGGUCCUGUUCCUCGAUCGCUUGCAAAUCUCAUAAGCCUAGCCGAACUUGACCUUUCAACAAAUAACAUCAGUGACAAUGCGGGAAUAGAAGCCCUUGCGACUCUGCAAAGACUUGCAAAAAUUAAUCUUUCAUACAAUCCGCUAUCAUUGAGGACGAGCAUCAAUGGUAGCAAAGUCACUUUUCCUGACCUAAGAAUUUUGCUCUUAUCAUCUUGUGAACUGAAAGAUUUUCCACGCUUGAGAAAUUUGAAGACACUUCAGGUCUUGGAUCUUUCUAAUAGUAAGAUUCACGGUCCAAUCCCAAAGUGGUUUAGCAGCAUCAGAUGGGACUCAUUGCAGUACCUAAACCUUUCGUAUAAUUCACUUACAGGCCAGCUUGAACAACUUCAUUUCAACAGUCUAGUUUAUCUUGAUCUCAAAUUCAACUUCCUUCAGGGUGCACUACCUUCAUCCAUUUGUAACAUGAGCCGCAUUAGGUUUCUAGAUUUAUCAUGCAACAACUUCAGUGACUCGAUUCCAAGUUGCUUGGGUAGCAUGGCUAAGCUAACGGUGCUAGACUUCAGAAGGAAUAAUUUCAGCGGGAGUCUUCCAUCGUUAUGUACUCAAAGCAUUUCAUUGACGACCAUUGUCUUGAAUGAUAAUCAAUUCGAAGGACUGGUUCCUAUGUCUUUACUUAAUUGUCAUGGAUUAGAAGUCCUCGAUGUGGGGAAUAACGCUGUAAAUGACACCUUUCCAGCCUGGCUAGGAACUCUCGAAAAGCUACAGGUCCUUAUAUUAAAGUCAAACAAGUUCUGUGGACCUAUAAGUACUUGGCAUGCUAAGUUUUGCUUUCCCAAGUUGCGUGUUUUCGAUAUUUCUCAUAACGAAUUCAAUGGCUCAUUGCCUGCAAAACUAUUCGAAAAAUUCACAGCAAUGAUCAAAUUGGAUGACGCACACAAAGGCACAAUUGAGUAUAUGAAAGCACAUCUAUCCUUGUUUAACAUAAUGUAUGAGGAUUCGGUGAGCUUGGUGAUCAAAGGUCAGAAUAUUCAGCUAGAAAGAAUCACUACUAUUCUUACAGCCAUGGAUUUAUCAAGCAACCAUUUUGAAGGUGUGGUUCCGGAAGCUAUAAAAGAUCUUGGCUCACUUUGGCUACUCAAUUUAUCCCAUAACAAUCUCAGAGGAAAUAUUCCAAUGGAACUGGGCCAAUUGACUAUUCUUGAAGUGUUAGAUCUCUCUUGGAAUCGGCUUGCUGGAAAAAUUCCGCAAGAAUUGACGAGGCUAACAUUUCUGGCAGUCUUAAACCUCUCUCAGAAUCUUCUUGCUGGACUGAUUCCUCAAGGUUCACAAUUUGAUACAUUCUCAAGUGACUCAUACAGUGGCAACCUUGACUUAUGCGGUCCUCCUUUAUCAAAGCAAUGUGGAACGAGUGAUCCAUCGCAUGUUCCUCAACCAUCGGAGGAAGAAGAAGAAGACGAGUCAUAUUUUUUAAGUGGAUUUACCUGGGAAUCAGUAGUCAUAGGCUACAGUUGUGGACUCGUUGUUGGAACUGUAGUGUGGAGCCUCAUAUUUAAAGCUGUGAACUUUUCUGUUUCUGUUUUUCUCCUUUUUAAUGUCUGUUUAUUGUUUUUAUAUGUUAAAUAG